AUGAAGAAUGAAUCAUCAAUGGAGUUGUCAAGAGAUGGAAUAAGACAACUUAGUUUGACAUCGGAGGAGAUCUCGAUAGUAAAGAAAGCUUUUCAUUGCGCUUCCAAAACGUUGGAUGAAAUCGUAGCCCCAAAUCUAUGUGAACAUCUGAUUGAUCCAAAUCAAGAUUCCUACAGUUGCUCUGGUUAUCACCCUCUUGGUGGAACGCUAUCGUCCAAAUACAACAAGUACAGAGAAGGAUUCGUUUUCUCGAAUGGUGAAAUAUUUGAUCUACAGACUGAUUCAAACGACCACUUUGGGGAUACCAUGCGCGAAACAGGAUCAGUCCUUCAUUCAUUGGCCAUGAAAGCAGUGGCGGAGGUAGAAUCAACUCUUGGGCUACCAGCAAACUACAUUCAAGAUACCUACGGAAAAGAUGUCUCUCUUGCGCAUAGUAGCCAAUGGCAUUUGAAGCGGUACUCUGCUAGUGCUGGUCAUGACGACGGCGACCUGGCGUUGGGCGUUCACACGGAUCCAUCCAUCUUGUCGGUGGUGGUUCAUGACUCACCGACACUUGAGCCAGGAGGUUGGGGAUUGCAAUACUCCCAAAAGCUGGAUGGUCCACGAACUGACAGUGGAAUUUCCAUCGAAUGGAAUGAGCCGCCGUAUCAUGGACAUGGGGUUGCCACUGUUAUGAUUGGGUCAGCAUUUGCGAGAAUCAUGCAAGUAGGCGACAAUGUCAGCAAAAACGAAAAAGUCCGCCAACUACGAAGGUUGUAUCCACCCUGCAGACAUCGGGUUGUAAUGUCGACAGAUGCAACAGAGCAUCUGGGACGUCAGCGAAUGGCGCUAACAUAUUUCCUUCGCCCAUCACCAUUAUCAAUAUUGACUCCACUACCAAUUUUUUUAGAGCUCAAUGUGCGACAACCCAGGAAAAAAUUGACGUUCGGAUCAUGGUACAAGAAGGUUUCGUCCAACUACAGCAGGAGUAGAGCAAAGACAAAACAGAAUAGCAGCAUUCUAGUAGCAGUCGAUAGUUAUUAA